AUGUCUCCAUGGCUUCUUCUAUUUCCUCUGCUUAUCCUCCUCCUCGGUCCAUUCCAAGAAUGCGCUGGUGAAGGCUAUAUGAAGAACCAUGGAAACUCGACAAGGGAUCAAGACCCAGGGAUCGACCCACGGGAAACAAUGUUGGGAGACGAGACGGUGUCGAGUCGCGAGCAUUUGAGGCGAACUCUGUGCAAAAAGUACUACACGAUUGUCUUGGGGAUGCAUCCCUCUUUCAAUGUUGACAAGCUCGACUGUGACCACCGGCCAGGUCCAGAGAUUGAGCGUAUCAUUGAGAGUUCCGGAGAACUCAAGAUGAUGGACCCCGCGCAAGCUCGACAGGACCGCAUUGAGGCACUGAAGCGGCUUCAGAAAGAAGCGGAGGCUAGCCCAACGGAUCGCGUGAUCGUAGAAUGGGACACGGCCUGUCUCAAGGAUCUUCCUUCGAGGAUGGCGGAAUUCAUGGCUAAUGAAUACGGCGGUUCUGUGUCCGUGUUCGACGAGUAUGAACUCCAUGACUCCUCAGAACGGAUCGUGCUGAAGCGAGGUGUUUAUUUCAGGGACAGGAUCGGGGUGAAGGACAAGACCGACCCUGAAGUGCGUCAGGUGCUCAAAGGGCGCGAGUACGCUCUAGGUAUCAUCGCCAGCACUUUAGGGUUAGAAGUAUGGGGUCCUGGUAGUGGCGCGCCGUGCGAGGGGGCUUGCCGAAAGGCACUCCAGAGCGCCAUGCUGGCCAAGGACGUCCCGACGCUUGAAGCGGCGCACUAUUCGCGACUUGGGGUCGACGUUUUGCACUUGAAGAAUUUAAAAAAACACAAAGAGAUAUGGGGGAUAAAAAAGGCGGCGGAAAUCCCCUCAGUUAUCCUGCGUCUUGCGGAGACUCGAGAAACCUCGAGUGCAACACCCGACGGUCGGUAUUUGGCCGCGUCAGCGCGUGAGGCGACCAGCUGCAUCCUGAAGAUGUCUGAUGACCAGAAACGCGAGGUGCAGACUCCCGCUGCCGGUCGGAGACAUACGCAGAUAAGCGGCGGGAAUGCUAUUGCUGAUGAUUUUGUCGUGGCGGUCCUGGACACGGGUUGUUUCAUCCACCAAGAUUUCAUCGAUGGCUUCGAUAUUGAGAACAGUCGGUUUUGGAUUAACAAGGGAGAGACCGACUGUGAGAAUAGGAUCGACGAUGAUGGGAAUGGAUACGUGGAUGACUGCUUCGGGUGGGAUUUUGUGGGAGAUCAGGCAUACCCAUUCGUUGACGACCUCGGCCAUGGAACGUCUGUGACAUCCGUUCUUGCGGCUCGACAUGGUAGCAACGCUGGUGGCAGAGGGAUCAUGUCCACAGGAAAAGUUAUGUGUUUGCGAGUCGGCGGUCGCAACGGCAUUUGGCUCUCCGACACCAUUCCUGCACUAGAUUACGCGCUCCGGAUGGGUGCCAAAGUGUCCAACCACUCGUACGGAGGCAAAGGGUUUGAUCAAGCUGAAUUCACAGCUUUCCGGCGAGCUUCGCAAGCGGAUCACCUAGCAGUUACUGCUGCUGGAAACAGCGGUUGCGACGUCGACAGUGACGAAACUUGUCUGUUCACUCCCGGAGCCUUCGAUCUUGAGGGCAUCCUGAAUGUGGGCGCUAAUGAUGUCGCCGGCCAUCGGGCGGUCUUUUCCAACUAUGGGAAGCACGCAGUGGACGUGUUCGCACCCGGUCAAAGCAUAUUUGUUGGGACGAACAAAAUGCCAAAUCAGGUGGAGAAGACAUGCAAGUAUUGCUACGAGUUCAUAGAUGGUACAUCUUUCGCCGCUCCUAUGGUGUCCGGCAUGGCGGCGGCCCUGUGGACGCAUUUCGAGAUAACGCAGCCUAUCGGCUGGGUGCGGAAUACCAAAAAAAAGAGUAUGCGUGUCAAAGAGGCAAUCAUGUAUUCGGUUACUGGAUCGCGUGGCGUUGCAGGUGCUGGGCAAGUGAACGGGGUAGUCAACUUUUAUAAAGCUCUGCACUACUACGACACAAUUCCCUCCGUGUACAAGGCGGAGUUUCCCGACCCCAACGGAGGAUACCAGGCUCAAGGCGUUGCUGCAGAAACACUUUCCGGCGCGUGGCGUUCCUCCAUGCGAACUCUUCUCGCGUUGUGUGCGACAUUUGCUCAACACACUUGGUUCCUGGCGUCCCCUUGA